GCCACAAUCAUUACGGACUUCGCACGCCCUGUCCGUCCAACUUCGCGCAAGCCAGCUGCUAUACGCUUGCAGCACCCUCUCUGCCACUGACUCACAACCUUGAACCCUUCCUGCUCAAGAGAUGCCGAAAGAGUUGCUUGGAUACUAUUGGGAUGAAGAAAAGAAGCGAUACUUCCCGAAUUCUAUGAAACCAAAGUUACCCAUGCUACACGUCCCUGAGGAGACCCAAGGGGACGAGCCUUCCCGAAAGCGAAGGCGCAUCGAAGGGGGGAUUCCUACAUUUUCUGCACUCCAGAAGCUCCGGACCUCCUACGGGAGCAGCUCACGCAGGCGAAGCGCAUUGCAUGAUAUUUUUGCGUCAAGUUUGUCGCUCACAUGCGGCGGCGCAGCGUACCCUGUCGUCAGCGCCGGGCACAUCACCUCCAUCUGCGCAGAGGAUGCAUCGAGCUAUGAUCCCGAACGCCGCUCCGUGACUUUGGGCGAUAGCUCAGGGUGGCUGUACUCGAUACGCAAUGCCGAUCCAGACCGCCCCCCGAAGAGCCAUGUAGAGCUUAAUAUCGGCUCAUCUGUUUCCGCGAUCUGCUCGUGGGGAACGCGACGCGUGGCGACGUCGUUUGGAUGGCCUUGUAAAAUAUUCAUACGUGACAUUGCGCCCGUAGAACGGUGGACAAUUCUGAGCAUGCCGGAGGUCAUGUGUCACGAUGUCUCAACCGCUGCCCUAGAGGAUCGGACAAUGGCGUUGGGUGCCGGCGGGCGUUGCGUGGUUGUCCCCGACUUGGAAGUUCAUACAGGACUGCUAGACUUCUACACUGGCAGCGACGUGUUAGGAAUAGCUAUGGAUAGACACCUCAUAUAUGUGGGCUCCCGAAGCGGUUUUGUGCAGCGCUUUGACACACGUGUGCCCAAGAAGGAGCAUUGUACCAUUCUGAACCACAGAUUCUGGCGCUCGCCAAAUUCCAUCACACAUCUCAGCUUAAUCCACCAAAAUGCAUUGCUAGUGGGCACAAUACGGGGCGACCUCGAGACGCACGAUAUCCGUUUUCUGCGUGACUCAGACCCUCUACUGAGGUUGUCGGGUCACGUCAACGCGUGCAUGACCAAACUGGGUCUCGCUAUCGAUCCCUCCGAAGACUUCGUCUUCGCUGCCGGCCAAGACCAGCGCAUCCGCGGCUGGUCCCUGCGCACGGGCAAGCGGCUUCCCGCACAGCCCGUCAACUCCCGCGCAGCCGUCUCAGAUUGGCACGACGCGCCAGCGGAGAAAACGAGACUGUUCGACGUGCUCUUCGAUGCGCCCGUCGCUGCGAUGCAGGUGGCCAGAGGUGAUGAGGGCCUUUGUCUUUGGGCGGCUUGCGGUGGGGAUGUUUAUCGUAUGUCGCUCUGCAACUCGUCUGUCGUGGGUUGAUGGAUAGGGACAGCUGGCGCGCCUGCUGUUCGACUGGCUGACGGGAGCUGUACUCGCUGUCGUGUAAGAGGGCCCAUUUGUGAAUCUCUCGGCUGGAUGUAUUGGUACCUUGGUUCGAUUGUUCAAUAGCAUCGUGGCGCUGUACAAUUGCCAAUGCGUCAUUGAA